UAGGAAUAUCGUUUACAACAUGCGAAUAAACGAAACGUUAUACCGCCUUAUAUGUCAAAACUUGAUAGCAAUAAACUGAAUUAAAUACUCUUUCUAUUCUUGUGGACAUAUUAAUUAAAGUAGAAAAUGGAUGAUCCUGAAUUAGAUAAGAUAAGACAGCAACGUCUUGCUCAGCUACAGGCUCAACAUGGGGGAACUGGUGAUCCAAAUCAUGCCAAGCAGCAAGAAGAAAGAAUGCAGCAAAUGGAAGAAGCUAAACACACAAUACUCGCACAAGCACUUAGUCAAGACGCUAGAGCCAGAUUGAAUAAUAUUAAGCUUAGUAGACCAGAAAAAGGAGCCAUGGUUGAAAAUAUGAUCUGUAGAAUGGCCCAGAUGGGCCAAGUCCGUAAUAAGAUUACAGAGCCAGAGUUAAUUCAGCUUUUAGAGUCACUCAACCAACAGAUGCCUAAAUCAUCAAGCACUGUGAAGUUUGAUCGGAGGAGGGCUGCACUUGACUCAGAUGAUGAUGAUUUCUAGCACUGCUUUAAAUUAAUAAUUGGAAAUAACUUGCUAUUCCAUUGCCUUAACAAAACAUUAAAUGCUUAUACAUAUUACCUUCGAAUAAAA